AUGUUUGAAAAUGGAAGAAUUUACAAAAAGCCAAGUCAGGAAGAGCUUUUGAGAGCUCAUGGGCGGCUGUCAGAGUUUGUUAACGGGACGAUUACUGUUAUUCCUGCUGAUAAAGAAGAGAUUGAUUCAUCAAAGCUAGAAUUCUUACUCGACUGGACAACACCAACGAUUCUCCUGGUUACCUUCAUCAUCACUCUUUUUCUCACAAUUCGGGGUCGGUACUACAUCAUUCGCCACAAAACCGCUCCGAAUAUCAAGCCCUACCAUACCGUCUACAUAAUCAAGUUCUUCCCAAAAGUCGAGAAGAUGACCAUUUUUGAUCGAUUGAUCAAAAUAUUCAAGAAUAAACAACCCUUCGCUGUCGAGUUUGCGAUGGAAGGAGUUUAUCUUAAGGCAGAAAAGAUCAAGUUCGAAGCGAAAGAAGGAGAGCCUUAUGAAAUCGUUUUGGAUAAGAGCCUCCGACGAGUGAAAAAGAUCUGGAUCACGGGGUUCAACGGCACGAUCGUUCUUGAGACGAAAAUCUCCAAAGUACUCCUUGUCUACCCAAAAACAACGGACGAAUAUUACCAGCGCUAUAAAGACCCCUUCGCGAAAAUGCCCUACAUGAAAGCGCUCCGUUUCUUCAUGUCCUUCAUCAAAAAAAUCGAAUAA